UUCUAUUUUGUGGUCACGUUCACUCACUCGCCCGCUCGCUCGACUCGAUUCGAUAUUCCGCUUUGUUUUGCGGAGGAGAGAGCACGAUUGUGUAUUGUCUGCGUUCAACGGUUGUGUUCAAUGUUUUUCUUCAUAAAUGUAGUUUUUGUGUGAAUAAACGAUAACGAUUUCUUAAAAAAGUGUUUUCUUAUUAGACUGAAGACUGUGUAUGUGAUAAAAAGUUUCCACACUUGCGCAAUCGUUGGUGAGACUUGAUGUCAAUAAACUUGUCGGUGGUAUUUUAUGGGAAAAGGUGUGUCGCGUUGUAUUGGUGUACCUGUACGCGGCGAACGGGUGUUUGAUACCUGGAUGGUUACAACCAGGAUUGGUCCGAUGCCUGAAUCAGCAGCCAUGUAGUAGCAAGGAGUGAGGAAAACGCAGCCAGCGACCGUUGGACCGGUUUGACUAGACGAGACAGAGAUUGGUGAUCCGAUAUCAAUAGACAGAGCAAGAUGCUGAUUACAUCUGAUCGCAUGCCUCAACAAACACGUUUAACUGCAAAAAAGGUGCCUAGAUAUUGCACAUGUAUAGAAAAUCUGAUUAUAGUAUGUAAGGCCGAAACCGACACCUCAAGACUGAUAUUCGAUGCCUUAAAAAUGAGCAGCGACGCAAGAUGAAGACAUAAUCAUAAUUUUAACAUUAUGCGGAAGAAAGAAAAUAGUUUUUAAAAAUUGUCGAACAAUAUUUUUGGAUGUUUUUAUAGACAAAUGUGUAUGGUGCUUUAUAGUUAGAGAGGUGAUACGUCGAUAGUAGUAUAUCGAUGAAUAUGUGGUAAUGUGAAUUAGUGGCAUCUGUCCAUUAACACCGUGAUGUCGAGUGAGGCCGACGCGGUGAAGGUGGAAGGAGUCCACGUUUCAGUAACUACGAUCAGUAUGACGGGACCAGAGACAAGUAAUGUUCAAUUCUCAUACAGUUCAAGUGGAGUCCGCAUCAGUGUAUCUUCAGACCCUCAUGAUGAAGACUCCACUGAUGCUGAAAUCUCCAAAAUUGACUUCAACCAACAUCAACACGAGGUGAACAUGCGUAACAAAAAGAAGCGAUCAUCGAGUGGCACUCAGUGUGACAGUCAAGCCAAUGACAGAGAACGGCCGAUGUCAUGGGAGGGCGAGCUGUCAGACUCUGAAAUGGUUAUCGAUACCAGUGUCAACAACGACGAGAACAGCAGCUCCCUAGACCUCCAAUCAUCGCGGGACUCCAUCGACACGCUCCGCAAUGUGACCAUCAAGACGGAACCGAUGAAGACAGAGGCAUUUCAAAGCGUGGACGAUCAAAGGGUUUUGGAUCUGAAGUAUACUGCGCCGCUGCAGCCGCACCAGAGGAGCCACAGUAUGAACAGGAUAUCAGUACUAACAGACAACACGCCCCUCUCGCUCGCACGGCGGCCGGUGUCCCCCACCAACAGUGCCAAGUCAUUGGGUCUCAACGAUCAGAACACCAUGCCCAUGAUGCCGCAGACAUCGUUAGGGGAAGUCCAGAAUCUGACCAUAAAGAAGGAAACUCAGUUGUCGGAACUGAAAUGCGAGCCAACAGUGGGCGUGGACAAGUUGCUGGGCGCGCUGCACGGCUCCCCGCUGCUGGGCCGGCUGCCGCGCGUGCAGUCCAGCGCGAGCACCGACUCCGCGGUACAUUCCAUGUACACUCACAGUGUGUACAGCAGCCCAUCAGCCAGUCCCCGCGCCUCUCGCCACUAUACGCCGUCUCUCUCCCGCAACAACAGCGACGCGUCGCACUCCUCGUGCUUUUCCUACAGCUCGGAGUUCUCGCCUACGCAUUCUCCUGUACAGGGCCGUCACCCGCACGUGGUGUACCGCGAGGCCGCCGCGCCGAUAUUCCCCGCGUCGCCGGCGCACGACGAAGACGCCGACACCACGGACGAGAGGCUUCACCACCACCAGGGGAUCAGCAGACAACAGCUCAUCAACAGCCCCUGUCCAAUUUGUGGUGACAAGAUCAGCGGCUUCCACUACGGCAUAUUCUCCUGCGAAUCAUGCAAGGGUUUCUUCAAGAGAACCGUACAGAAUCGCAAGAACUACAUGUGUCUGCGAGGCGGGAACUGUCCUGUCACGGUCGCCACAAGGAAAAAAUGUCCUGCGUGCAGAUUUGAUAAAUGCCUCGGGUGUGGGAUGAAGCUCGAAGCAAUACGCGAGGACCGCACUCGAGGCGGGCGCUCCACGUACCAGUGCUCGUACUCGCUGUCCGGAGCCGCGUCCACCGGCUCGCUGCUGUCCGCGCACGUCCCCACCACGCUGAGGCACGCUUCGUCUCUCACUUGUGUUAAUGGUCCAGGGUCAUAUACAAACAGCAGAGGAGAAUCAAGUAACAGCCGAUUAACGCCAGACAUUCCGCCAUUAUUACAGGAAAUAAUGGAAGUGGAACACCUCUGGCAAUACAACGAAUCGGAACUGAACCGGCUCGGCAAAUCCACCGGUAGCCCGUCCGCCAACCCCCUGCUGGCCGCCAGCGGCAUCACGGCACAAAACUCCAGUCCAGACUUCUUGGCGGACCUGUGCAAUAUAGCUGAUCAUAGGCUGUACAAGAUCGUCAAAUGGUGCAAAAGUCUGCCGCUUUUUAAGAACAUUUCUAUCGACGACCAGAUCUGCCUGCUGAUAAACAGCUGGUGCGAGCUGCUGGUGCUGUCGUGCUGCUACCGCGGCGUGGGCACGCCCGGCGAGGUGCGCGUGGGCGGCGGCCGCGGCAUCACGCUCACGCAGAGCGCCAAGUUAGGAUUAACACCGUGCAUAGAGAGAAUGCUGAGUUUUACCGACCACUUGAGAAGGCUACGUGUUGACCGAUACGAGUACGUCGCACUCAAAGUCAUCGUACUACUUACUUCAGACGCGCCCGAGCUCCGGGAGGCGGAGAAGGUGCGCGCGUCGCAGGAGAAGGCGCUGGCGGCGCUGCAGACGUACACGGCCGCGCACUCCCCGCACACGCCCGCCAAGUUCGGCGAGCUGCUGCUGCGCAUUCCCGAGCUGCAGCGCACUUGCCAAUUCUUCAUGCAAGUCGGCAAGGAAAUGCUCAACCCCGCCAACAAAGGUAAAGAUAGCGAUGGCCCGAGCUUCAACCUCCUCAUGGAACUGCUGAGAGGAGACCACUGACCUUGACUGAGUUCGUCUGGCGCGUUCCGUUACGCAUUGCUCAAGAAAAAUAUUCUAGUUUUCUAUGACAUUAUUCUACAAGAUGUGAAUGAAACGCAAGUGAAUGUGUGAAGCUUGUCAAUUUUCUCAUUAUCGAAUUGAUUCGAAGUGACACACGCAGCGAACCAAUCACAUUGUGGUGUGGUUGUCGUUAUGUCACAAUAGUGCACUGUGAUUGGUUAGUGGUGGCGUCUCACUGCGUCGAUCGACUCGAUGAUAGCAAAGUCGCACUACGCAUACAAGUAUUGCUCAAUUCAUUUCAUAAUCAUUGAAGAACAUUAGUUGAAUCAGAUUUUCGGUCACUGCUAUACUAAAGAUAUAAGAGUCGAAUCUUGAAUCAUUUUCAGGGUAUAAAUAACCUACUAAUAACUAUUUCUAAGCUUAUUUUAUGAUUCUUUCGCUAAUUUAAUAUCAAAUCCCCAUUAUAAAUUUGCGCUGAAUAUUGUUUGAGUAUAAAGCUUAAAAAAUAAUCCAUAUAUCGUGUUUAUAUUAUAACAAUGAGGAUAUUUUCGAACCUAGUAUUGAAAUCAUAAAUCAUUUCCGUUUUUCCUUUUAACUAAAAAUCAUUGCAUCGUUAAAUAUAAUUUUGACUUAUUUAAAAUUCAACGCAUUUAUUUUUUAUGCUUUCAAUAUUUGUCUAUGAACAUAGAGAUAAAAAAUUGUAUAUUUAGCCUAUAUUUUGAACUGCAGGGUAUACUUUAACUGUAAACAAUAUUUUUGAUGCAAUUCCGUUACAAUAAUAAAUACAUAAGUGAUAAGAACCUGAGAAUAUAGCAUGACACCGAGCGUUUAUCUAUCCAUAUCGUGUAAACUCAUAAAUUUUACAAGAACUAUGGUUCGUAAACAGACAACAUUUGUAAUGAUAUUUGUAAUCUAUACACGUACAUAAUAACAAGUUUAUUUAUUAGACAAAUUAAAAAACUCCCGAUUUUCCAUAUUCAUUUCGCUACAACUCUUGAACGGCUGAACCGAUUUUCAUGAUAUAUGGCAAAGAAUACUCGGGAUAAAAUUAUCUAUGAUACAAAAAAAAAAAAACUAAACGAAAAUCGGUUCAUCCGUUUGGGAGCUACGAUGCCACAGACAGACAUGUUAAACUUAUAACACCCCUGUUUUUGCGUCGGGGGUUAAAAACAUAUAUGAGAAUUUAAACAUUGACAAUGGAGUCAUGGAGCUAUUUUCAAAAUUAUGACUUAACAAAAUUAGUAUAUCUAUUUUGUUGAGUUAAUAUGAUUACGUUCAAUAUUUUUUACCAUUCCCAUAAUAUUUAUGAUUACAGGUCCGUAGGCUAUUAUAUUAUAUAAUAAAUAAAUAAUAUGGCCUCAUUACUGACACUGCCAAUAUGCUUUUCUACUUUAUACCUCUAUGUAAGGCAACGGGAACAAUAUUAUUCAGUAGAUACGUAGGUAGAAUAUUUUAAAGUUUACCUACAGUAAGAUGUUGAUUUUGCUGAAUGCGAGUCAAAUAUUUUCGAGACAUUUAAAAAGUAUUUCAAACUUUGUUAGCACACACUGUCUUGCGUAUUAAUGAAAGUGCCCACUAAAAUGUAUUUUAUAAACUUUUUCAAGAGUUUCAGACAACUUUUUAAAGCCUAUUUGAAGAUUUUCGAUGAGUAGACGCGUGAGUGAGUAAAUAUUAUGUUGUUGUUUCAUAAAGAAAAUUUAACAACGACAGAUAUGAACUGCCAAAAUAUUCUAAAUUAGGUAACCUAAGUUACUAAUACUCAGUUGCUUAUGAAUAUGGAUUUAAGGCAAGAAAAUAACUAUUUUGUAAUCAUAUCUUGCCUAUAGCAUUUUUAUAAUAAUGUAACUGUUUUAAUAGGCACACAUUUUGUGUAUAAUGUAAAUUAAAAUGACUUUUUAUGCCUGUGUUUCCAGUGACGGUAGAAUUCAACUAUACAAGGGCGUUCACUGCGUGACGCUUAGUCAGCCUGUCCCCGUCACACAACGUACGUGCGAGAGAGAUGGGUAUAUCGCCCAUUUCUGUCGCACCUAAGGUGCGUAACAAAAUCAGGUAGAAUACGCGCGCGUCACGCAGCGUAGUUUAAUUCUAUUGAAAUAUGUCAUUUUAUGAUAGAAAAAGAUGAAAGACCUUAUGCAUUAUUUAUUGUAAAAUUGUGUAAAUAUGACUAUUAUCUAGUGAACGCGACUCCAUACGCGGGGCUCGCUUGUAAUCAUUGCCAUUUCUAAUAAGUUAAAUAAUUGUGCAGCUUAGGUAUAAAUAAGUGUAUUGAAGAUAAGUUUCAUAGAAACAGUUUUUUUUAUAUUCUUAAUUCAAAAGGUCCCAGUGCCAAAGCCUAAAGAAAUAAGUGGAAUUUGCGUUUGACUUUUUGGAGGAAACUAAAUAAGGUGAUCUUACUCAGACGCAGACCAUUCCGAAAAACAGGCCUGUGCACACCGAACGCGUAUCAUGUAUUUGAAUUUUAACGCCCGUGUACUUGAGUGUUUACACGCAUACGUUACAAUCGUAAACAACGUGCGGCAAAAGUGGAAUUCGGCGUGCACAAACAAGCCUUAAUAUUGAAUGUGAUUCCAUGAAUUUGUACUUAAGCUUUCGAUUCGGGAGAUAAUAAAAACAAUUGAACAACAAUAGGAUCGCGAUAAAAUUUCACUGGGACCAUUUCUUAUUGAGAAUAUAUUAUCCUCUUGUUGCGAUGCGCAAAAUUUUUAUUUUCCACGUAAAGUAUUUCCAAUUGUAUUUUUCGCAUCAGUUGACAAAUGUAUUACUUGUAAUUGCAAUUUCUUUUUCUGUUUGUGCAAUACACAACGUAAAGUAUUAUAAAUAUAUUUUUGUACUAACAUAAGUAUAUAUCCAAUAUUUAUUCAAUGAAAAUGCUUGGAGAACAGAAAAACCAGUCGUUCACUGCCAAUAUAUUUAUAAAAUAAGACAUUGCUAUAAGCAAGACCGUUUUAGUUGCAAUAAUUGUAAUUCCCGUUUAAUUGUAUUUAGGAACGUAUUACUUGUAAACUAAUAACAAAUUUGAAUCGAAAAUUGCCUUAACGUUUAACGUUAAAAUGUGUCACUUGUCCAUGGGGAAUUGUUUGCUCCACAAUUAAAAUUGAUGUUUAACGUUUAUUUGACAUUACCUACUUAAUUUCGCUCAUUUGUUUUCAGUUAAUACAAAAUAAUUUUAUUUUCGUCGGUAUCGUGUAGUGUCACUAGUUCUACUAUUGGAUAAGCAGGCCUACCAUCAACUAUUAUGGAACGAUUAAAAUGAUAGUUCAAUUUAAGAACACGAAAUUGAUCGCAUUGGGUAUUAUUAAAAAUUAACUUGAUGGUACAAAUUUGCGAUACAGGUCGGUUUAGGCCUUGAACUGAAUGAAGAGUUGACGGAAAGCCCCCUGGUCUAAUAGAUGGAAGGUGAAAAUGUCACACUAUUCAUAUACCCGGAUAUCCGAAUCCAUAAUACAUAAAAUCUACUAUCAUAAAUGUCUGAAUAUUCGUUUAUCACAUUGCAAAAGAAAACAAAAAGUAUUAUAGAUUUUCAAUUAUCUCAUCAAUACGAUGUAAUAUAGGGGCACAAGUACUUCAAUAGGUGUAAUGUGUCGGAGCUCAUAAUAGUAUAUUAAGAUUAAUUAUAAUUUUGUUUUUAAAACAACGUGCCACAAUACAGUCGCGUCUACUUGCCGGUAUCAACAUUACAAUAUUAUAACUAACAAACAUAGCUACAAAUAUAUGAUAUGGUGCUGAAAUUUUAAAAUAUACCUUUUGUUUAUGUCUUUACAUAUUUGCUUAAUUCAACCCAGAAUUUAAUAUUACUCAUACUUUUAUGAAAAAUUCCACUCUUAGCGUGCUUGUUAAGUCUUGUCACGUGUAGACCUGAUUAUUAUUCAGUUUUUAUCGUUUUUUAUAACUUACGGAAAGUUUGUUCAUGUUCAAAAUUUGUUCUGUAAAUUGAUUAAAUAAAAACAUAAGUGUGGUUAAUAUAGUAUAUAAAAAAAGUAUAGAAAGAGACAUAUUUAUAUGAAGUUCUUAACCUUAAUUUGCUUAACUUUAUCAACACGAUGGCAUUACCCGGAAUGUAUUAUACUGCAACGGCGACAUUUUUUAAUUCCCGGCAAUCGACCGUGGUUUUAAUCGUUGGUGCAACCGAGUAGACGCGAUUCACAUCGAGAUUUAUUUUAUGUGAUUAAGUAAUUUCACAUUCGCAUAAAUUGCCUAUAGAUUUUGCUAGUUUGUAAGAAUUUUAAGCGGCAUCUAUGAAUUUAGUCCUGUAAACUUUAUGAACUGAUAAUUUAAGAUGGUAAAUAUAAUGGAAUUAUUUUUGUAUUCGCGGAGUAAUGAGGGGAGAGGGUGUAUGAUCCUAAUAAUUUUUAUAUUAAAAAUUAAUAGGAGCGAAAGAAUGGUGAUGACGUCCAAUAAAUAUUAUUUUUACUUUUGUUAUAAUUUUAUAAAUUAGUAUUAUAGUAAAAUUCGAUUCUUUAUUUUGUAGAAUUAUGGAAAGAUUUUUUUAUAUAUAUAGAAAAAUAAAUGCAAUUUUGGAGUAAAUAAA